CUUCAUAUCACAAGAAAUGGCGCCCUCUCUCCGAUUUGGUCGCCUCGGUUCAGGAAGCCGCUGCAGCUCUCGCGCGAUCACCGACUCGAGCUCCAUCGCGCAAGGUCUGCAUCGUUUCCUCUAUGAUCCGAUUGAAAUUUAUGUCUCUUUUCCCCCUAUAUGGAUUGUGUUAAAACAUCCUACUUCCGGCGGUGGGGCUUGGCCAUGAUUCGUGUUCAUCUUCUCGUCGUUCGAUUGCUUUUGACAAACAAGAGGAGACGGGAAGCAAAAGAAGAUUUGGGUACCACUCACUAUAUUCGUCAACUAAGUCUUUGCUUUCAAGGUUUGGUGAAAUGGGUAUUCUCGAUUCUUGGAUUCCGUCGAUUGCCGUAUCUUCUUGAAUUUGUUUGAAGGUUCUUCCGAUGAAAUCGACUACAAGGUUCAAGAUGUGAGACCCAAUUCUUACCCUACGUGCGAAAGCGUGUAUUCUUCUUCCAAGGAUUUGGGAGAAGUGUCACUGAAGCGCUUACGGUGCAAAAGCUGAUCUCGUCGGUCGCAAUGAGAACGGUGAUGGUGUGGCGAUGAAACCGAACCUUCUUCUUGUGUUGCCAUAUCUAAUUCCCAAAAGUCGGUAACACUUGUUAUUGUGAUUGUAUUUGUUUAGUACCAUGUUCUGUUCAUACGCUAUCAUGAAAACAUCUAGCUAGAAGGUUGACUAGAUAUAGUUGACCUUAUAUACUAACGAUAGACGUAGAUGCACCCGAAGAGACUUUUUAUUCCUGGGAAACAUAUAUGUUCUCUGAUUAACAAUGGUCAUGUUUUCUUUCUUUAAGUUAACUUGGAAUAAUGUAUUAUGUUAGAAAUAUCUGUCAGGGACGGGGCAACUUUAUGCUUUCGCAUAUUGUAAUUGCCAAAGAUAUAACAAUUUUUCAUCAGAUGUUUCUCUAGGAAUGAGAAUGUGUAUGCUUGUGUUUGUGUAUGUUGCAUUACAUGCUUUUAAAUAUGCACACCUACCAAAUUGUCAAGUUAAAUUUGCCCGAUGAGGGAACCUAUGGCGAAGCAGGAUUAGAUCAUUAUCCUUGAAUUCUGUAUUUCAUGUUUUUUUGUUUGAACAAUGUCGUAUUUCGUGUUAAGUUGACAUGUAAGUUAGAUAAUUGGAGCAGGAAACCAUAGGUGUAGGACGGAGUGCAAAAUGAAUUCUAAAGGUACUUUUUAGCAUGAAAUGGAUUUGAUAAAUUGUCAUAUAAUUCUGUAUGCCACCAGACUCCAUAUGAACAUUUUAACAUGCUAGUGAGAAACAAUUAAGGUUUAGUUUAGACUUCUCUUUUUUCUUAUGCUCUAUGGACUAUUUUAAUCGACUUUUCAAGGAGCUUUUGUUCUCUUGAUUCAGGAUUGCAAAUGCCAAGGAAUGUCUCCAUUUAAGUCGAUUUGCUCCUUUCAGUUUGUAACUACAUGUCUUGUUCAUUGGAUAUUAAAUGUACCAAUAUAAGUAUUUUGCUAUGAACUAUUUUUCUAUAAUUUCUAUAUGAAUAUCUACUAAACUUGCAAGUUGAUUCGCUAAUCCACCCUUAUUAGAUUUUAGGAAAAUUUAGAAAGUAAUAAUUUUGGUGGCUCAAAUAUGGAAAUCAGAAUAUAUGGAUAAUUUAACACUUGAAUUACUUCAUGAACAUGGGCAUGCAUGUUGGUAGUCCAAUAGCAGACACGAGAACAUUGAUCAUAUGUUUCACAUUGUAUCUUUUAGCUUUCUACUCCGUUUGUUUCCUCAAAUAAUAAAAUAAGGAAAAGAAGAGAGGCCAGAUGCAUGUGUGGAUUAUGGGCAUCUUGUAUCAGUCUUUUCAUGGACAUAAACCUUCACCUGUCACACUUAUAUUCUUAGGCACCGACUUCUCUAGUGCCAUAAGACUAAUGGAUAAAUCUCCCAUUAAAUAUGUUGUACAGAUGUCUGAUGUUGGAAAAUAAGUUGUAGCUAGGCUUGCGGUUUCCAAAGGCUUUCCUCAAGUGAAAGGACCUCCUUGUUUUGCCAGAAAAUCCAACAGGUAACUUACAAAUGACAUAGUUAAAAACUUCAUUUCAGUUGACCAAAGCAAGCAGCUGGAUUUAGCCAGAAAUGACAUGAUCAGACAGGAACCAGGCAAUAAGAUUGUAAAGGAGAGAGAUCAUCGGGGUAGUGAUUUAGUGCUGGCUAUUGGCGUGACUUUAUCUACUUGUGUUACUAGCAGCAAAUCAAGUAAAAGACAAUGCAUGUUACACAUGAAAACCUUGUUGAAUCUCAAGAUUCAACUCAAAAUUGUGUGUUAGUGUUGCAGGAUGAGGAUAUUAAAUGGAAGGCCAAAGAGUUGGAACAACUUGAAAAUCUUUAUAAGAUCAAAGAAAAAAGAAGUUUGUCCUCUCGUGUGGAGAAAAUUGGAUUUGAUUGUGAACAGGCAUCAAAUGGCAGCAGGCAUAAGCUAUAAGCCUGAAAUUGAUUUGAAGGCAAAGCCUAAAUCAGCUUAAGGUGCAAUUCCAGCCAAUCCAACAGUGGCAUCAGACACAUCAUGCAGGGCAAAUGAUCACCACCACGCUGCUGCUCCACUCUAUCUGCUCUUAAGCGCCUCCUCUUCACGGAGUCUUCGAGUCUAAGCCAAAUGGAGAAGGCUCAGCAUGGAACAAGGCUUUUGGAAGAGCUCGAUCUCCUCGAGAAGCCCAAGGUCUCGGAGCCGGCGAGCCGAAGGAAUGUGUUCUGCUUCUGGAAGUGGAAGGUGCUCCGAUUCCUCCUCGACGGCUUUCGGAGGCGGGGAUCGCACUGCGUGGUCUGCCUCCAGGUCCAUCAGAUCGACGGCUUGCCGUCGGCCAUGGACGACCGGGUCCUGGUCGUGGGCUGGAAGACCAAGGGGUGCAAGGGGGAGCACACUCUCCCGGUUCAUGUUUGCGGAGGAGUCGCCAGCUUCGAUGAGAUCUUCCUGCACUACUGCAUCAGCGACGUGCAGUCGAUGCUGGGGAGCUUCACCGUUUGGGCCUCUUUAGUCGAUGCCGCCGACUGCGAUCUGGGUACUUUUCAUGUGGAUUUGAGCGAGUUCGCUGCUGCUACAGAGAAUUCCAACUCCGCGUUCGCCGGGAAGACGGUGAGCUUUGUUCUCGGAGGCGUGGCGGGUGGUGGAGCACUGAGGCUGAGCGUGUACUGCAGGACGUUGGAGGACGAAGCCGGUGAUCGAAUCGGCCAAAAGCAGGCGAAGAGCAAAUGCUUCUCGUGCCUCCCUGAUCUCGGUGGUUGCAUCAGGAGCUCCCCGAUGACCUUCUGCGCGCGCAGGAUCCCCUCCCUCCGCUCCGACCACGGCUUCAUCACCUUCGAGAACUUGAUCGCGGGGUGUCCUCCGAUCAACGACGAGGACGGAGGCUUCAUAACGAUCGAGAAGGGCGGCGUCGGCUCGCGGUCGAGGCGGCCUCCCUCGGACCACCUGGCGAACACCGACGAUGACGAAAGCGGCGGGCCCGAGGAUGAGCAGCCAUGCCUCAUGACAGAACUCAACGAGGAACUCGACGACGACGACGACGACGACGACGACGACGAAGGGGUAGAGAACGAGUUUCUUAAGAUGUUGGAGGCGAAUGACGAGCCAUGGAAGAAGGAAGCUGGAAAGAGCUUGAGCUUAAGCUUGGAUCUGAGCGCAGACUUAGACUUGGAUUCGUUGAUAAAGGAAGCGGAGAUGGAGCUGAAGAAGGCGGCACAGGCGUGGAACAGCGGAACCGGGGCAGCUCUGCUGCUGGAGAAGGAAGAGCACGAGGAGCUGAUGAGGAGAUGGGGAUCGAACGAGCACCGUUCUUCUCCAGGCUGCUCCGGGCUUCAUGCCUUCGGUAGUCCUCUCUAGUCUGAGAUGAUGUAAUCUUAAUCAUAUGUUGCUCGACAAUCACAACGUAAUUGUUAUUCUACUCCUCAAGUUAAUGUCACGUGCAUGUCACGUGGACAGAAUGUAGACUGUACAUCUGCAUCUCCUGCGAUACGCACAAUAAUUUUCUGUUUGACUUC